ACACCAUCUUGUCCACUAACAACAUUUAAAUUGAUAUUAAUGAGAAAAUAUAUUUAAAUUUAUAAAAUUCGAUCGGAAAAAGACAGAUACGGUGAUUUUAAGGGAGGUGAUUUUGAUCAUAAUGGGAAGGACCCUUUAGCUAUGUUAAUGAAGAGGAAUGUGAAUAUAUUGCUUUGAGAAGAUACAUCUUUUUGCGAAGCUGAAAAAUGGAACCAGACAAUUUAAGUCCAAAUAGAUUUCAUAUUCCUUAUCCAUCUUCAAUGGGACCAAUAAGACCACCUGGCUAUAGUGCCUCUUUACCUCCAUAUGGCAGCACUCCAGGAUAUAACAGUCCUUAUAACACAGUCGGAUAUCCAUCAUCCAUCAGACCUUGUAUAAACCCACCUGCUUUUGGGCGUCCUUAUUGCUGUACAUUUGACAAUAUUAAUCCAGGCCCACGUCCAUACAUGCCAGCUGAAAUGAAUCCUGUUGGAAGUCCUAAUGGUGGCGGCAUGUUUUACACUCAAUGUCAUACAUCGCCUAAUCUGUGUUUUGAGACAUUUAAAAAGCCUACGUUAAGACCAACUGGGAAACAUGAAACGCAAGGUGUAUCGGAGGAUCGUGGAAAGAACACUUCAUUGGACAGGCAUCUCGACGAAAGCUCUUCCUCAUCAAAUGAAAGUUUAUUCAAGGACCUCUCGGGCGGACGUCCAUAUUGUAAAAGACCACCAUGCAUGCGUGCUGUUGGAGGUCCUAAUGGCUGCUGCAUGUUUGACAGUUCCAAAGCUUUUGAUGCAUCGGUUGAUCUGCUGUGUUGUGAAAAAUGUAAAAAGCCAACUGGGAGACCAACCAAUACACUUGUAAAGUUCGGUGUAUCGGAGGAUCGUGAAAAGACCAAUUCAAUUGACCGGCAGUUCGACGUAAGCUCUGCCUCAUCAUCAAAGGAAAGUUUAUUCAAGAACCUUUCAGAUGGCUGCAGGAUAAAUAAUAGCAGACCACAUACUGUAGGGCAUGAAGAAAAUUUGAAGAAAAGUAUGAAUAUACAACCUAGUAUUGAUCUGCUCUUGAUUGGAAAAACCGGAAAUGGCAAAAGUGCGACUGGAAAUUCCAUUGUAGGGAAACGAAAGUUUGCGAGCGAGUCCAGUACAUCUUCUGUGACGAAAGAGUUCGACGCCGAUAUCACAGAACACAACGGUCGUCAGAUUAAAGUCGUGGAUGGUCUGGCAUUUUGUGACACAAGGUUGGAUAAUGAACGGUCAGUUGAGCAGUUGAAUGAUGAAGCAAAAUUGGCUCUGGCAGCCAAUCCUGAAGGCUAUCAUGCUUUUCUUCUCGUCCUGAAAUAUGGCAAUAGAUUUACACGGGACGAACAGGAGUCGGUUGUGUUGUUAAAGAAAAUAUUCGGAGAUGAUUUUGUUAGUAAUUAUUGUUGUCUGAUCUUGACAUGCGGAGAUGUUUUUCAUCAAGAUCAGGAGGAAACAGAUUCUGUAGGAUUGACCUUCUCAGACUGGUGCCAAAAACAAGAUGGCGCCUUUAAGGAUUUGCUCGAGGAGUGUUGCAAUAGGGUGAUCUUGUUUGAUAAUAAAACCAAAGACGAGAAAAAGAAAAAUGAACAGAUUGAUAAUUUAAUUCAAAUGGUUGAUGAGUUGAGAUUUCGCGAUCGACGUUAUAUGGAAGCUCACUAUGAAAAGGCUCAGAAAAUCAAAGAUAAUGUGGCAGCCAAACCAAAGGUGCUCACGACAAACGGCGAGACCACGGUAAAAGAUGAACGUCCAGUUGUUGGACAGCCGCAAGUCUCACAUGAGACAGUAGACUUAGUCACACUUGACAAGAUGUUGAGUCAAACUAAUACUGUCCAGGUCAUACUGACCAAGCAGGAAGAAUUUUCUGGAGCUCUUCAAUACCUGACUGAAAUCUUGGAUUCUCUACAAAAACAGGUUUCUGAUGAAAGCGCUUUCUCUCGCAGAUGUAUUGAAGAAAUACAACAAAGUCGACAACAGGAAGAAGAAAUGAAACAUGUCUUCGAUAAAGAGCUGAAAAAUCAAAGAGAGGAUUAUGAAAAUCAGAUUGAGGACUUAAAACGCGAUGAGCAACAGAGGAGGGAAAUAGAACGCAAUCACCAGAAGAGAUUUGAAGAUCUGGUGCAACAGAGGCGAGACACUGAGCGCGGACCUCAAAGGAUUCACAGAGUAAUGGAACAGGCAGGACAAGCACAGCAAGAAGGGGGAAUGUUUGACCUCAAAAAUAUUCUUUCGGAAAGUCUGAAACUGGUACAAGAAGGAGAGGGAACGUUUGACAUCAAAAAUAAUCUUUUGGAAAAACUGAAACUGGUACAGGAAGGACUGAAGCUAGUGGAGAAUGAACAGAUAAACUUAAGUCAGCGAAUGUCAGGUGACUUAAGUCAGCAGCCGUCUUAAGUUUAGGUGAGAAUCCCAGUGUUGCCUCAACCGUGUGUCACUAAUGAGCUUUGUAAGUCAAAGUAAAUUAGGCUGGUGGUGUUUAGGCGGCGGAGUUGUUCUUCUCUUAUUUUAAUUAAAAUAAAGUUACAGCACUGG